AUGGCCUGUCCCGAGCCGAAUUCCAAUGGCAGCCAAUUCUUCUUCACCCUCGGCGAGGCCACAGAGCUGAAUACGAAACACACGCUUUUCGGUCGCGUGGUCGGCAACACCCUGUUCAACAUGCUUCGUCUGGCGGAAGUCGAAGUGGUCAAGGGUGAUCGACCCGCUAGACUCCACCGAAUCCUCAAGACUGAAGUAAUCCUAAACCCCUACGAUGAUAUCGUUCCUCGGCUUCUUCCCUCACAGACCAAAAAGAACGUUGUAGAAGAACCCGUUCCCACAGCGAAAGCAACCAAAAACUUUUCCUUGCUCUCCUUCGGGGACGAGGCGGAGGAAGAAGAGGAAGUCGUAAGUGAGGUUGCUGAG